AUGAUGAAGAGAAGGAAGAAUAAGAAGUGGGAAGAAGAUGAUUCGACUAAAAGUCGAUUCUUUGGGGCGGGAGUGUCGCCGACAGGCGACUCAAUUGUCACCUUUUUCAUAGAGUUUUUUCCCUCUCCUAAUUUUACUUUAUAUUUCCUCCCAUUCUCUAUUUUCUAUUUGUUUUUACACGUGUUGUCAGUUUAUUCACUAUUUCCUUUUCUUCACAUUUUAUUGUUAACCACGCCCCUUUUAUUAGCUAGCUGGUCGGAAUAAGCCACACCCAGGCAGACCUGCCAGCCUCUUAUUUAAGGCUUUGCCUUUUACUCUAUUUUUGGUGUUCCGUUCAUUCACAAAUUCCUCCCCCAGUCGCGAGUCCAUUGUACCCUUUGCCCCUUUCAAUAUUUUAUUUGUGCGCUUAUUAUUUUGGUUGAA